GAAGAGGUGGGGUGCGGAGCGCAGGGCCGCCGGGUGCGGGGCCGCCAUGCCGUACGCCAACCAGCCCACCGUGCGCAUCACCGAGCUGACGGACGAGAACGUCAAGUUCAUAAUCGAGAACACUGACCUGGCGGUGGCGAAUUCCAUCCGCAGAGUGUUCAUCGCAGAGGUGCCCAUCAUAGCCAUCGACUGGGUCCAGAUUGACGCCAACUCCUCCGUGCUACAUGACGAGUUCAUCGCACACCGGCUGGGUCUCAUCCCGCUCACCAGCGAUGACAUUGUGGAUAAGAUGCAGUAUUCCAGAGACUGCACGUGUGACGAGUUCUGCCCGGAGUGCUCUGUGGAGUUCACCCUUGAUGUCCGGUGCAAUGAAGACCAGACUCGUCACGUCACAUCUCGCGAUCUCAUCUCCAACAACCCCCGGGUCAUACCGGUAACAUCUCGGAGCAGAGACAACGACCCCAAUGACUACGUGGAGCAGGACGACAUCCUCAUUGUGAAGCUGCGGAAGGGCCAGGAGCUGAGGCUGAGAGCCUACGCCAAGAAGGGCUUUGGCAAGGAGCACGCUAAGUGGAACCCCACGGCAGGCGUAGCUUUCGAGUAUGACCCGGACAACGCACUCAGGCACACCGUGUACCCCAAACCAGAGGAGUGGCCCAAGAGCGAGUACUCGGAGAUUGACGAGGAGGACGCGCAGGCUCCCUACGACCCCAACGGGAAGCCAGAGAGGUUUUAUUACAACGUGGAGUCCUGUGGUUCUCUGCGCCCGGAGACCAUCGUUCUCUCUGCUCUGUCUGGCCUGAAGAAGAAACUGAGCGACCUCCAGACCCAGCUGAGCCACGAGAUUCAGAGCGACGUCCUCACUAUAAACUGAGGUGGCCCCUUGCACAAGAGUGCUCCAGUGUGAGUGACACAGAGGGUUCCUGCCUCUCUCUGGCAGUACUCUGGGCCGAGGCUUCUGCCUCCUCAACUCCCUCUGCCUUCCCAUGCCCAGCUCUGCUAGCCAGUGACCCCUCUUCCCUGGCCCCGCUUCCCAGGGAAAGCCAUCAGGAUGUGUAGGUAAAGCAGGAAGGAUGAGUGUCUUUGCUGGGACAGGGUUUGUCUCUAAGUGAUCCCAGAAUUUUAGGCCAGAGUUUUGAAUUCUGGCCACAUGGCAUUUGGGAUAAAGAAGUGUGUACCUUGGUUACACAACCCUAUAUUAUUUGUAAGUCACUUCCUUACUGUGCUGAAUAAAGCCUUACCCCCCCAU